AUGGUCAACCUCGGGGCGCUGGCCGGUGUGGCAUUCGCUGCGAUCUUUGCGGUUGUCGAUGGGCGACCACAACAUCAUCACAUACAUCAUCGGUCCGGUUUAGUAUCUGCCAAGGUGGAUGCAGGCGACUCAUAUGCUUCGACAAACGGUACCAAUAGCACGAGCAUAGGCAACACGACACUUCCAGAUGUGAUUCGAGGUGUCAACAUCGGAGGAUGGUUGAUCCUCGAGAAGUGGAUGACGCCUGACAUCUUCGACAACACCGAUGCUGUCGACCAGUACAGCUUUGACAGCACCGACGGCGCGGAGGCGAAGCUAAAGCAACACUGGGAGACCUACUUCACCGAGGCUGAUGUCCAGAAGAUCGCGUCUUGGGGCAUCAACGCUAUGCGUAUUCCAAUAGGCUAUUGGGACUUCUUCAACGACACCACGCCCUACAUCCGAGGCGCAGACGCAUACCUAGACAAAGCCAUCGGCUGGGCAAGGAAAGCCGGCCUCAAAGUCCUCGUCGACUGCCACGGCUCACCCGGCUCCCAAAACGGCUUCGACAACUCCGGCCGCUCAGGCAACGUCAAAUGGCAAACCUCCGACAACCUCUCCAACAGCAUCAAAGCCCUCCAGAACAUAGCCACAAAAUACGGCUCCACCACCUACGCCGACGUAGUCUUCGCCAUCCAACUCGUCAACGAACCCAUCUCCUGGGCCCAAAACAACUUCACCCUCACCCAAACCUGGACCCAACAAGCCUACCACGCCGUGAAAUCCGCCUCAACGAACCCACACCUCCAAAUCCUCAUGCACGACGGCUUCAUGACGCCCUGGGCCUGGCAAACCAUCGGCGCGCAGCUCAACGGCCCCGACACCAACCUCUCCACCGCCCCCUUCGCCAUCGACACACACCUCUACCAGAACCAAGUCGCCGCGGACUCCACCCUCACCCAAGCCCAACACAUCGCCAAAGCCUGCAACUGGACAGCCUCCAACCUCCUCCCUUCCACUGCAAACCUCCCCGUCUACGUCGGCGAAUUCUCCGCCCAAACCAACAUCUGCGUCUACCUUAACGGCACGACCGUCGGCGGGGAUGCAUGCUACGAAGACGGCUGUCAGUGUUCCUGUAAUGUGGAUAUUCAGGAUUGGGGACAGCCGUUGGUCAAGGCGACGAGGAUGUUUCUGGAGGCGGAGUUGGAGGCUUUUGAGGAGGGGGCGAGGGGCUGGUUUUUGUGGAGUUAUAAGGGGCCUGGGGCUUGGGGGUUGAGGAAUUUGGUGGAGUUUGGGGUUUUGGGAAAGGGGGUGGGGGUGGGGGAGAGGAUGUUUUUGAAUCAAUGUGGGUUUGAGUAG